AUGAAAUCCUAAAAUGCAAAAAGAACAAUUUUAAUGCGAGAUAUUAAAUUUAUUUUAUAUUUAAUAUUUAAGUUCCUCUCCAAGCCUAAUCAGAACAUUACUACCAUCUUUACUUAAUAUUAAUAAUCUUAAAUUAAUAAACCAUUUAUUUUCAACAAUUAGGCAAUCAAUAAUAUUAUAAUGAUUGGUAUUAUUAGGAAAAAAAAAUAAUAGCUUUAAGUUGAUCAGCCACUCUAAUAAAUAUAAAAAGACCAACAGUCUGAAGAGAUGAUUAAGUUGAAGAAUUUAGAAUUCCUUUUACGACUUUAAAAUACGUCCAUCCCAUUAUGA